GUUGCUGGGUAACACGGCCAGAGCGGUACUAGUCCCGGCUCUGCUCACAAACAACCGGGGCGACGGCGGCUCUCGGGAUGGUGGCGGCGCUGACAAACCGGGUCCAGCCUGGGCUGCUCCUGCUCCUUGUCGCCCAGGUGUGUUGCGAGUAUGGCAUGGUACAUGUUCUUUCGGAGAAGGGGAGCAGUAAAGGAAAGGACUACUGUAUCCUCUUCAACUCUCAGUGGGCCCACUUGCCGCAUGACCUGGGAAAAGCUUCCCUCUUGCAGCUUCAGGAUCAAACAGCGUCUGUCUUGUGUUCUCCUUCUGAUGUACCAGAUGGGGGAUUUCAUAACAGAAUCCCUAUGGUGAUGCGGGGGAACUGCACCUUCUAUGAGAAAGUCAGGCUUGCUCAGAUCAAUGGAGCCCGGGGGUUACUGAUAGUCAGUAGAGAGAAACUGGCUCCCCCAAAAGGUAACGGGAGUCAAUAUGAAGAGAUUGAUAUUCCUGUGGCUUUGCUUAGCUACACUGACAUGUUAGAUAUUGGAAAGAGUUUUGGCAGAUCAGUGAAGGUGGCAAUGUAUGCGCCAAAUGAGCCUGUUCUUGACUAUAACAUGGUGAUUAUCUUUGUAAUGGCUGUGGGCACUGUUGCAAUUGGAGGCUAUUGGGCAGGAAGCAGGGAUGUGAAAAAGCGAUACAUGAAGCACAAACGAGAUGACGGGGCAGAAAAACAUGAUGAUGAAACAGUUGAUGUCACUCCCAUCAUGAUCUGUGUAUUUGUGGUGAUGUGCUGCUCUAUGCUGGUCCUCCUUUAUUUCUUCUAUGACCACUUAGUCUAUGUUAUUAUAGGGAUUUUCUGCCUGGCUGCCUCCAUUGGUCUCUACAGUUGUCUGUCUCCCUUUGUAAGAAGAUUCCCAUUGGGGAAGUGCAGAAUCCCUGACAACAACUUGCCAUAUUUUCACAAGCGUCCGCAGGUCCGGAUGUUGCUUCUGGCUGUGUUUUGUAUUUCUACUAGUGUGGUUUGGGGAGUCUUCAGAAAUGAAGAUCAGUGGGCAUGGGUUCUGCAAGAUGCUCUGGGAAUCGCCUUCUGCCUUUACAUGUUGAAAACAAUCCGCCUACCUACAUUCAAGGGUUGCACCUUGCUCCUGAUGGUUCUUUUUGUGUAUGAUGUGUUCUUCGUAUUCAUCACACCUUUUCUAACAAAGACAGGGCAGAGUAUAAUGGUGGAGGUGGCCACGGGCCCGACUGACUCUGCCACUCAUGAAAAGCUCCCCAUGGUCCUGAAGGUUCCAAGACUGAACUUUUCACCAUUGGCUCUUUGUGAUAGGCCUUUUUCCCUCCUAGGAUUUGGAGACAUCUUAGUUCCAGGCUUACUGGUAGCCUACUGCCAUAGAUUUGAUAUUCAGGUGCAAUCCUCCAGAGUCUAUUUUGUAGCCUGCACUAUAGCAUAUGGCAUUGGCCUUCUGGUGACCUUUGUAGCCUUGGCAUUGAUGCAGAUGGGUCAGCCAGCUCUGCUCUACUUGGUGCCCUGUACUCUUAUCACUAGCUUUGCUGUGGCCCUUUGGCGUAAGGAGCUUGCAAUGUUCUGGACGGGCAGCGGCUUUGCGAAAGACCUACCUCAUCCUCCCUUGGUGCUGGCUCCUGUCAGCUGCCCCAACCCCCCCAAAGAUACGAAUGCACCAGCAUCUCAACAAGAAGCAGAACAACAAAUGACCAAUCCCACGCUCCAUGCAGAUGAUCGAAAUAAUCCUUCCCUGUGUGCAGAGGAGCUGCCUAACUUGAAUACCAAGGAGCUGACCAAUCCCAGCAUGCGAGCAGAACAGCCACAAAUUUCCAUCCCACAAAUAGAACAACAAACCAGUCAGAACAAGGAUGACCCUGAAAGCAAGAGCCUAACAGUAGAAAAGAACCAGCUGGAUUAGAUGAUGAAAUAGGAAAUCCUUUUUCCCCCCU